GGCGAGAUACACCAUGUCGCUGAAGCGUGUUUUCUCGAUCAGUCCUCAGCAGCACGGCACCGGCAAAAUCAGCUUUGAAUGGCAGAACAGGAUCGGCCAGUUCAUGGCAUCGGUCGGGUCCAACAACUCGCUCUACGUCUUCAACCGACACGGCGAACUGAUCGACGCGCUGGGUCUUCAGGGCGAAUGCGUUGGGCUCGAAUGGACCGACGAAGGAGAUCUCCUCGCCGUCGCCCAGGGGCAGACCGGCGUCCUGCUCCUCUGGGAUGCCAACACACGAAAAGUCACCACCCAGCUUGAAACGAGCAUGAAGGGCAUCAACAUACUCAAGUGGUCUCGAUCCGGAGACGUCCUGGCCACCGGAACCAACAAAGGGAAUCUGCUUCUCUACGACCGCCGGAGUGGCAAGAAGAUUCCGAUUCUCGGCAAACACACAAGGUGCAUCACGACAGCUGCAUGGAGCAGCGACAGCAUCCUCGCGUGCGGAUCCGAAGACAAGACAUUUACACUCUCCAACAUUGAUGGAGACACUAUCCUGCAAGUGUCGAUCAAAGACAUUCCGACGCAGAUGAAGUGGUCCUUUAUGAAAACGGGCAGCAACAUGGUUGAGCCGGUCCUGUCGAUGGUCCUGGGCGAAAAGACCCUCUAUUUUCACAGCAUGAGAACCCCCGAGUCGCCAAUCGAACUGGCCUUCCAGAGCAAAUACGGAAGCAUCGUGGCCUAUCAGUGGUUUGGCGAGGGCUACUUGGCGAUUGGUUUCUCCUCAGGAUACUUUGUCGUGGUCUCGACAAGCAUCAACGAGAUUGGACAGGAGCUGUUCCAAGCCCGGGACCACAAAGACAUCCUGAGCGACAUAUUUGUGUCGCCGUCGCUGGGCAAGCUGGCGACCUGCGGCGACAACUGCAUCAAGAUUCACGAUCUCAUGGAUCCCAAGGACAUCUAUGCCAUCAUUUCUCUGGAUGAAGAUCGCGGACAGCUGGAUCAUCUCCGGUGGUCCGAUGAUGGGCAGUUUGUCUCUGUCAGCACAAAGACAGGCUCAAUCCACAAUUUCCUUGCAAAGUUGCCCAUGCUCAGCAGCAUCUGCGAUACGAGCGUGAUGUACUUGACCGGGCUGCUGGAAGUCACGAUCAGCGACCAAUCCAAGAUUACGGCACCCAAGCCAGGCAUCGGCCCCGCCGACAUUGUCUUCAAACAAGAGAUUCCGGUGGAGCCGACCGUCUUGGCGCUCGGUCCUGGCCAUAUGGCCGUUGGGAUGAACAACCGCUGCUGGUUCUAUGCCCUCAAGGCAGCCAUGCAGAGCCCCCCGAUUCCGCUGACCACCAAGCGUCCCUCGCAAGUUGGAGAUCGCUCUGGGGACCGUAGUUUGUACAAGGAGUAUCUGGCCUCCAUCAAGAACCUCUGCCUCAACAACCGCUAUUGCGCUGCAACUCUCUCUGAUGGUUGCUUGCACAUACACUCGAUCGAAAACGACGGCUCGUCGCUCGACACUCUGAAGGUGCUCCCGGAGAAGGAAUUCAUCCGCAAGGCCUCUUCCGAGGUCCCGCUGGCAGUGACUUGCGCUGCAAUCACCCACGAUUUUAUCGUCUAUGGAACCAACAACGGACUGAUCCACCACUACUCCAACGACGACUGGGUUCUGGUCAACGAGAUCAAACACAAGAAACCCAUCCAAGCCAUCUACCCUUGUCCUCGAGGUGGAACCAGGAUGCUCUUCAGGGACGACGACAACGAUCUAUUUGUGCUCAGUCCGACGUCAGAUGCCUUCCUUCAGAUCCCUGGUAUAGCAGCCAACAAUCGAGGUAUCCUGUGGGAGUGCGGUGCGCCGUCCAAAUAUCAAAUCUUUGUCUCCUGGGACGACGACUUUAUCACAACGUUUGCAUACAACCCAUUCACGCUCAAAGGCCAAGCCUGCAUUUCACUCGGGACCACACGGCUUCCCUUUGGGCUCAAGCCUCUACUGCUCCUCAACGGAGCUCUGACGUGCCAGACACAAGGCGGGAAGCUCACAGUCGUCAACCUGGCAACACACGAGCUUAUCGCUGGUAUCCAAGGGUUUCCGGAAGAGGAGCAGGGCAAGGCGCUGCAACUUUACUAUAUGUUGGGCAAGCAGCAGGAGAUUUGGUCCAAUCUGUCAAACAUCCCAUCUCCAAGGGCGUGGAAGAUGCUGGCAGAGUCGAUGCUCCAUGUCCUUGACAUCCAGACAGCAACACGAGUGUAUCGGCAAAAGCUGCAUGACGCGGGGAUGGUCACGACCCUGAACCGCAUUUCCGAAUACGAGGACAAGAACUUGCUGGCCGGACACAUAUGCGUAGCUUUGCGCAUGCAUGGCAUGGCGCAGGAGUUUUUCCUGGCCAGCUCAUACCCACAGGCAGCGCUGGAGCUGAGGAGAAAUCUGUUGCAGUGGGACCAGGCCAUGAACUUGGCGACCAAGCUGGCGCCGCACGAGAUCACGACGAUCGCAAAGGAAUAUGCCCAGCAGCUUGAGUUUAAUGGAAAGUACCCGGAAGCUCAUCAGAUGUACCAAAAGGCGCUCGAGUCUGCUGCAGAGUUUGCCGGACCCAACGAAGUUCAGAUGGAGCACCAGAUCCAUUGCACAUAUGGUCUGAUUCGGAUGACCUUUUGCCUCGGCGACAUUUUGCGAGGCAUGAAAAUGCUGGCAGAGGUCAAAGAUCGCCAGCUGUUGUACGACUGCGGCAUGAUUCUUGAGAAUCUCAAGCAGUGGGUAGAAGCCGGAAUGCUCUACGAGCGAUCGCAGUACUGGGAAAAGGCCGCUGAAGUGUAUAUCAAAGCCAAGAGCUGGAACAAGGUCGGAAACCUCCUGGGCUUCAUCCACACUCCCAAGAUCCACAUCCAGUAUGCGCGGUCCAAAGAAGCCGAGGGCAGGUACGAAGAAGCGGCACGCGCCUACGAAAAGGCCAAAGACUGGGAUAACGUCGUGAGGUUGUUUGUCGAGCAGCUCAAGAAUAUUGACGGGGCUGUUUCGAUCGUCCGAAACACGCGCUCCCGCGAGUCGGCCAAGCUGGUGGCAAAGUUUUUCCAAUCAAUCAAGGACUACAAGUCGGUUGUCGAGUUUUAUCUUGUCUCUGGGAUGCAAACCGAGGCAUUCGAGCUGGCACAGCAGCAUGAUGUCAUGGACCAUUACGCCGAGCUCGUGAAGGACGAUGCCACGGCCGAGAUGCUGAUGAACAUCGCCGCCUACUUUGAGAGCAAGGGCCAGCUCCUGAGUGCCGGCAAGUACUAUUUGCAGGCCGGCAACUACUCCAAGGCGAUGAAGAUGUUCCUGGAGAGCCCCUCCGAGGACGGCGUGUCGGUCGACUAUGCCAUCCAGACCGUCGGUGUUGCCAAAAGCGACCUGCUGACUCACCAGCUCAUCGACUUUUUGAUGGGCGAAACCGAUGGCGUACCCAAGGACGCCAAGUACAUCUUCAAGCUGUACAUGUCUCUGGGACAGUUCAAAGAGGCCGCUCGCACAGCCAUCAUCAUUGCACGUGAGGAGCAAACCCUGGGCAACUACCGAGCAGCACACGACUUGCUGCUGGACAACUUUAGGCAGCUCAAGCUGACGAAAACCAGGGUGCCGUCAGAGAUCGAGCGCAUGCUGAUGAUUCUACACAGCUAUAUUCUCGUAAAGACGCUGGUCAAACUCGGCGACCACACCAAGGCAGCCAGGAUGCUGAUCCGGGUAUCCAACAACAUCAGCAAGUUUCCGGCGCACGUCGUCCCGAUCUUGACGUCGACGGUGAUCGAAUGCCAGCGCGCCGGUCUGAAGAAGGAGGCUUUUGAGUUUGCAGCGAUGCUGAUGCGCCGCGAGUACCGCCAGAAGGUGGAUGCCAAGUACAAGAAGAAGAUCGAGCAGAUCAUCAGGCAAGAGGGGAAGCCACGACCGGAGAAGGACGAAAGCAUCGAAGAAACAAGCACGCCGUGCCCGUUCUGCUCCAAUCCAGUGCCCGAGUCUGUGCUGGACUGCAUCGAAUGCAAGAACCAUCUCCCGUACUGCAUCGCAACGGGGCGACACAUGGUGGCAUCGGACUGGAGCCAGUGCCCGCGAUGCGAGUUCCCGGCGCUGUUUUCCGAAUUCGUGGAUCUGGUCGGGAGAACGGGGCUCUGUCCGAUGUGUUCGAACGAGAUCAGUGCCGAGUCGAUUCGUCAGGCCGGCACUGUGCCCAAGGAGUUCAGCCGCGAGAGCCUGGCAUCCGAGUCUCGGGCGGACGACGAUGCAGAUGAUGGCCCGUCGACGAAGAGCGCAAGCGGGCUGGAUGAUACCGGAAACUCGGUCGGCACGAACGCCAACACCUCGAUGGAGCACAUCAAGCCCGAGGGUGUGCAAGGCGACCGGGGCUUGACCAAGCCGACGGAUGCGAUGCUCGUCGGCACCGGAAAGGCGAUGGGGCUGGGCGGGCUGCAGGGAUAUGCCGGUGCGGGUGCCGAGCUGAUGGCAGACGGAGCCAAGUCGCCGCCGAUGCCGGCGGUUGCCAGGGCCGCAGCUAUCGACGGGUUUCAGUGAGCCGGAUGCGGCGAGGGAGGAGGCGGUUUGAAUCAAUGGACUGGCCCAGAGCAGCAACAAUAGAACCGUUGCGCCAAGUGCUGACCAUGGAGAGCGAUGAUCGACAUGGUCGGACGAGACCAGAUGGACCGCACCCCUGGCGCCCGGUGCUGGGGUGGCUCCAGACAGCUCGGGGGAACCGCAGAAGGGCAGCUCUUGCUUCGGGUGGAGACAAGACCAUCCUUGCGAUGAAGAUCUGCCGUGCUCGCGAUCCUGCACAGGCAGAUGGGUUUGUACCGUCGCGCGAGCAGAGCGAGGCGCACCACCGAGCU